CUCAGUCCAUGUUUUAGUUACACCAGCAACUUUGUUCCAGAAGGAUUAUUCCCGAGGUUAGCUGAGUCCAUCCCGAAUGUGACUGUCAGCGUUGGGCGGGACGCGCUGCUAGCGUGCGUUGUGGAGAAUCUCCGAAGGUACAAGGUCGCUUGGGUCCGAGUGGACACGCAGACAAUCCUCUCGAUCCAUCACAACGUGAUCACGCAGAACCCUCGCAUCUCCCUGUCAUACAACGACCAUCGCUCCUGGUACCUGCACAUCAAGGACGUACACGAGGCUGACCGCGGCUGGUACAUGUGUCAGGUGAACACCGAUCCCAUGAAAAGUCGACAGGGAUACCUUCAGGUCGUGGUUCCCCCAUCCAUAGUGGAUAGGGAAACCAGCACGGACAUGGUUGUCAGGGAGACGGCGAACGUCACGCUGACAUGCAAGGCGACCGGGUACCCUGAACCCUACGUUAUGUGGAGACGGGAGGAUGGUGAAGCCAUCAUCUACAAUGGUGAAAACGUGAAUGUUGUUGACGGCGAAGUGUUGCACAUCGUGCGAGUCAGUCGGUACUUGUGCAUCGCGUCCAAUGGAGUGCCACCUUCAAUCAGCAAGAGAGUAGCGCUUAGGGUUCAGUUUCCACCGAUGCUCUCCAUAUCGAAUCAGCUGGUAGGGGCGUAUCUAGGGCAGGACGUUUCUCUGGAUUGUCACUCCGAGGCGUACCCCGCAUCUAUCAACUACUGGACGACAGAACGAGGGGACAUGAUCGUGUCGGGGGACAAAUACGAAGCCGUGUCGACGGACAACGGCUACAACAAAUUCAUGCUGUUGAAGAUACGCAGUGUCAAACACAGUGACUUCGGCUCCUACAAGUGCGUCGCCAAGAACUCACUGGGAGAGACCGAUGGAGUCAUAAAACUGGACGAGAUUCCAGCGCCAACGACUAUCUCCACGUCAACGUUUGC